GCAGCAACCGUGCCCGCACCCGCUGCAGCAAACGUGCCCGCACCCGCCCCAGCAGCCGUGCCCGCACCCCCCUCUGCGCCCGCUCCGGCAGACGAGCCCUCUGCGCCCGCUCCGGCAGACGAGCCCUCUGCGCCCGCUCCGGCAGACGAGCCCUCUGCGCCCGCUCCGGCAGACGAGCCCCCGGGUAGUACCAACGUCAAGAACUGGUGCUGA